CAAAAUCCUUUAGAUUGUUCUCCCACGCCCGUCCUUAUAUUAAAAUUCUUGGUAUAAACACUUAAGAAUCUACCACAUUGAUUCAUAAACUCUUGUUGAUUGCAUAUCGUUCGGUAGGUACCAAAAUUAAAGAAAACGAAAUAUAAACUUCUUGCUAUGACAGUAUUUACGGUGUUUGGAGGUCAUGGAAAAGUAGCCUUACUUUUCACAAAAGUUGCCAGAGAAUCCAAACAUGUAGUUUACAAUGUGAUCCGCAAUGCUUCCCACAAAGAAGAUGUAGAAGAAUGGGGUGGCCGACCUAAAAUACUUUCUCUAGAAGAAGCAUCGACGGAUGAGAUUGCUGGACUUCUUAAAGAAACACAAACUGAUACGGUCGUAUUUUCUGCUGGUGCAGGUGGGAAAGGAGGCCCCGAAAGAACUAAAGCUGUGGACUAUGAAGGUGCUGUCAAGGUAUAUGAUGCUAUGAAAUUAGCUGGUCUGCGUCGUUUAAUUAUGGUGUCUGCAAUUGACAAUCGUGAUAUGAGUCAACCUCCUCCCAUUCAUUAUACAACCGCCGACAGGAAGAUGAGUGAAGAAAUCCACAAAGCCCUUCCUACUUACUACCACUACAAAUUCCUUGCCGACCAAGAAUUGAUUAGACGCACUGAAGACAUUGAUUGGACAAUUUUGCGUCCUUCUUUCCUCACUGACCACCCAAGUUCUGGACUGAUUGCUCUUGGUAACAUAUCCAUUAAGCAGCCUAUCUCUAGAGAAACAGUUGCCCGUGCUAUCCUGGGUUUUGCUUCUAAUGCUGAAUCCCAACAUCUAGUCAUUGAUAUGACGGAAGGCGAUGUGCCUAUAACGACUGCCAUCCUUGCCUUCCUUGGCCGCAGAGAGUCUUCUUACGAUUAUCCACUUUAAAUUCUUUACGACUGUUUACCAUUAACCAUGAUAUAAUAUCUAAUUAUAAAAAAAAGUUUGGACUUUUAUUUAACGUUUUUGUCUAUGAUUUUACGUAUUUAGCCAUCUUAGAUCAUACUAUAAGAUCCUUUAAGUUUGUAAAAAGCUUCUUGAAGAGAGAUAUACAUAUAUAAUUUGUUGGUUGACAAACGGCGCAUGCAUCAGCAUCAUGCAUUUUAUUUGGUAUUACCGCUGCUUGACACCAAUCUUGAUUUUCAUGAUAAGGAAUUAGAGAAUUUCUAAGCAUAUUGUCUUUAUUGCCGACUUCGCAAAUAAUAUUUUUUAGUUAGC